UCGGAUACUGUCGCCCAUUUGUUGUUGUUGAUGUCUUUAUUGUAGCUAUGAAUGAAAUCAAUUGACAGCGAGUAAGACUAACCGGGGGCAACAUUGAAACUAUUUUCCCUUACACUCAGCAGACGAAUUGUCACCGUUGUGAAUAACAUCAGAACCUAGUGACAACCCAAAAGACGUCGUCCCUCUUUGGCGCUUAAGGACCACUGGAAUGUUGGAAUAUCCCCAACAAUUUUCACGCAAUAUCCCCGGUUCCUCAACGACGAGUAGCGUUUCGAUAACACACAAAAAACAUCAAUUAUACCAUCACAGUCAGAUUCAUCAGCAACUGCAGCAACGACAACGGACACACUUACUGGUAGGUAGUAAUAGUGGUGGUGGCUUGGUUAGUGCCCACGACCACCAACAGUAUUCACCGGAACCAUCUCCAGUACAUCAGCAUCGACACAUCCCGCAUGCAACAGUAAUAUUCGCGACAAACGGAGCACAUCAGCAACGUCCACAGCCCCAACAGCAACAAUAUCACCAGGGCACCCUGUCGACUGCAUCUAGUUGUAGUGCACAGCACAAGAGCGUGACCUUUGGUCAAGUCACCGCAGCGUCCAAUAUCGCCGGAUACGGAGGCGAUUACAGCGGCGGCAGCAGCAGCGGUAAUUCGAGUUCCGGUCAACAAUCCAUGGCGGGCAACAUGAAACACGGCAAAUCACAAGAAGAUGUUUGCUACGUUGUGGCCAAAUACGAUUACGCGGCGCAAGGAGCGCAAGAAUUAGAUUUGCGAAAAAACGAACGAUACUUACUGCUUGACGACUCGAAACAUUGGUGGCGUGUGCAAAAUAAUCGCAAUCAAUCAGGUUAUGUACCUAGCAAUUAUGUGAAGAAAGAGAAACCGUCGUUGUUCGAUAGCAUAAAAAAAAAAGUGAAAAAAGGCUCUGCCUCCAAAACUUUACCAAAUUGCUCACCCUCAAGACAAAUUGAGAGUCCAACAAUGUCUCGACGUUUACCACCAGAUCCAGCUGAAACCAUAGGUACUGCGAUUGUUAAAUACAACUACCAAGCACAACAACCGGACGAAUUGUCGCUAAGUAAAGGAACCCGUAUUCUUAUAUUGGAAAAGUCCAACGAUGGCUGGUGGCGAGGUCAGAAUGGUAAUGCGGUCGGUUGGUUUCCAAGCAAUUACACAACUGAAGAUUGUGAUAAUGAUGGUGAAAUACAUACGUAUGCCAUGGCUGAGAAUGUGCUCGACGUUGUGGUUGCCCUUUAUAGUUUUUCAUCGAAUAACGACCAAGAGCUUUCUUUUGAGAAGGGGGACCGGCUCGAAAUAGUAGAUCGUCCACCUUCUGAUCCGGAUUGGUAUAAAGCAAGAAAUAAUCAAGGUCAUGUCGGUUUAGUUCCACGCAACUAUCUACAAGAGUUAAAUGAUUAUCUGGCUAAACCGUUCCGAAACAAUAGUGGUGGCAAUGGUGGUGGAGGUGGUAGCAGUGGCGGUGACUCAAUCGAUCGGCGUAAUGAUGGCUUAUCAGUGCAAUCUUCACCUCCUAUGGCUCCUUUGGAACGGCCAAACUUAGGUGGUAAAUCCUGGUAUUAUGGCGCCAUCACGCGCAGCCAAUGUGACACAGUGUUGAACCAGCAUGGACAUGAUGGUGAUUUCCUUAUACGAGAUAGUGAGACUAAUAUGGGUGAUUAUUCGGUUUCUCUAAAAGCGCCUGGCCGUAAUAAACAUUUCCGCGUACACGUUGAAAACAAUAUGUAUUGUAUUGGCCAACGUAAAUUCCAUACACUAGAUCAAUUAGUAGAUCAUUACCAAAGAGCACCGAUCUAUACGAAUAAGCAAGGUGAAAAAUUAUAUUUAGUACGACCGCUGCCAAAAGCUAAUGGCACGUAAAUAAUCUACAUUCGCGACAGCAGAGAAGCAUAGUCCUCGUGAUGUGUUCUUAUUUCAUAUGUCAUAAGACGGGAGCUACUUUAUACACAAUGCAUAUAUAUUUAUUGAUAGAACAGGUUGCUAAUGCCUGUGGUAUCGCAAACAAAUUUAGUUAUAUAAUUUUACCGUUACACAUUAUUUUAAUACAAAAUAUGAUAUUACUACAAUGAUUAAUGUGUAAAUGAAAGGCUAUUCAAAAUGAUAACAUGAAAAAGAAAAAAAUGAUAACAAUUAGAAAUUCAGCACCGAUGAAUAUCGUCAAAUUAUCACAAUUUAGUGCGAAAUAUUAGCUAUUUUUUAACAAUAAAAAGCAAAGCGGCUAUCUCUUAGAAGCAACUACCAAAAACGAGAACUUAAAUUUAUGUAUAUGUAUUGCAAAAUUUAUGAGUCACUUAAUGCAUAUUAUAAUAAAUAUAUAUAUAUUUAAAA